AAAGGCCCAAUUUAAUAGUCAUAGUAGUCUAUAGUCUGAGUGACACAGAGGCAGGUAAAGCAGGUUCAUUUUUUCAUUUAGCUUUAGUUAGUCAGCACCAUGUGGGCUCUUGAUGAAGUAAAUAUGGACACCACAGACACUCCAUGGCAUUGGUAUUAUCUGGCAGAUUGUGGGAGGUGGCACAGCUUUGAGGAUGACACCACUAACCCCAUUAGCAGUGAGGACAUAGAGAAAUACUAUUUGAGAGACUCAAAAUCGUUUAUGAAUGUAAAUACACAGAGCUACAGAAGUCAACUUGAUUUUUCAGGAAUGUUGCAGACGGACCUCACCACAGGAAAGCAAAGAAGAAUCCAACGCCACUUUAAUCUUGAGAAAAGCUGUUCCUGUUUCUGUGGGCCGCCUGUUUUCUGGGAUCAAUUGGAUCCUACAGCUCCUUACCAGCUGAUCCAGCUGAAUAAGCUCACCUCAGAGUAUCGGACUGUGGCAGAUUAUGUGAAUAAUGAUGGUCUACUGAACAAAUCCAUUGUAGCAAUACGCAGGAUACAGAAUUUGGACCUCUGGGAAAUAUAUUGCAGGAAAAAAAAACAACUAAUGAAGAUUAAAGGUGUCAAAGAAAUUCCAGAGAGGCGCCUUUUCCAUGGGACUGACACUAAAAAUGUAGAUAGCAUUUGCAAAUAUAACUUUGAUUUACGGAUACGGAAAAAGAAUGGAAGAACAUACGGCAAUGGUAUAUAUUUUGCCAUCCAUGCAUCACAUGCAAAGACAUAUAGUACCAACAGCACAGCUUCAACACAUGAUGGAGACAAUAAAAUUAUAUUUCUUGCUCGAGUGAUAGUUGGGAAAUACAACCUUGGAAAACCGGAUUUGUUUAAGCCAGAUGAGGAAAACUCUUAUGACAGUUGCGUGAAUGACAUUGAUCAUCCCAAAAUAUUCAUUAUAUUUGAUCCGAAUCAAAUAUACCCAGAAUAUCUUAUUGAGUACCAAUGAACUCAAUCAACCUUAGCCUGUUAAAGAAAGCUUUUGCAAGAAAAUAUUUAUUUCCUUAAGCCCAUAUUUGAAAUUAUAUAUAGUAUGGAUAAAUAUCUUAUAAUCUAAUUUAUUAAAUAGUCAAUAUUUGAUAUUUCUUAUAAAAUUGUGUUAGUACUGGUUCUUAUAGGCCCUCUGAUUGACCUUUGGCUCAUUAUGAGUACAAUAAAUACGUUCACAUCUUACAAAUAAACUUUGUGACUGGACCAAACAAAAGUGUGUGUCUUUCUGUUUCAGCCUCUUUUAUCUAUCUUGAUUUAUACAUUUUGGUCCAUUGACUCUUCUUGCAUUUGUCAUUGGCAGCUAGAUUGAAUCCCUGCAAAGAGUGAGUGACAUGCAGAUGUGCAUUUAUGUCUUGACUCAUUAACCAUAUAUAUUGUAUGUUUGCUUGAAGUCAGUAACAUUGUAACACCAAUUUUGCACAUUUUUGUAAUCAAUUAAAAUGAUUUUUCAUUGGGAUGUUUGUGAGAUCUCACUAAAAAAUACAGGCAAUCUUGAAGAUCAACUAACAGAAACAUUGAUUUGCUGUCAUUCUGAAUUUCAGGUGCAAAGCUGCAGUUAUUUUCAGCUUUAAAAAACACCGGUCUACUCUUCCCCGCAGACUGACUGUCCACAUCGAGAAAAGCACAGGAAUGUUGCAGACGGACCUCACCACAGGAAGGAAAAGAAAAACCCCACGCAACUUUAAUCUUGAGAAAGGGAGAGAUAAUGCCAGUGGAUAAUAUUUACCAUAGCACUGUCAGUUCAGUUUGAUUUCUUAUUAAAUGAAACUGAAACAAUUACUAUAGCUGAGACUUGGCUCCUUCCUCAGGUGUUCCUGUUUCUGUUCUCCCCCUGCUUUCUGGUAACAUUUUGAUGCUACAGCUUCUUACCAGGUAAAUAGGGGAAAAACUUGAAAAUGAAAUGAUUGAACAAUAGCUGAAACACACAUUGACUAGUUUGGUGGAGCUUCCAGGGACAGACUUUUUGAUAUACAACAAUUGUUCUGCCAAACAUCUCUAAAUCUGAAAAACAAAACGGUUUGUUUUAGAAUAAUUUAUUGAACGAUUUCUCUUGCCUUAUUUUUUUUUGGUCUUCUUUCAGCUCUAUAUGACAACUGUAAUAAUUGUAAGCACAGUUGCCAACAGGACCCAUAGCUACUAUAUGCAAAAUGCUAUGAGCAGUUCUUGCAUAAAUGUUGCCAUGGACAAACUCCUAUUUCUGUCUUAGAUUAGAUGGCAAAAUGCAUUAGAAAUUGUUUAAAUAAUUGAUGGUUGAUUUUAUAAUGUUCCUGUUAAGGUUUGGCCAAUGUAAGCACUGUAUUUUAUUUUGUGAACAAGACAUGAUAAAAUGCAGUACAGAAAACAGCACUGAAAACUUUCCCAUAGUUUCUAAACAAUGUGCAAGUUUUAUUUCUUCACUGUUCAAUUCCAAUUGCAUUGAAAGAAACACUCACUUGAAAAGUCUUUUACUUUUGUUAUGGAAAGGUCUUCAUUGUUCUUUAAAAAAAAAAUAAAAAUACCAGACAGCUUCAGCUACACCGCUUCUAUAAUUUAAUCAAACAUCACAAUCAUCUAACAACAUCGAACACAUGUGAAGAAGCUCUCUCUGUAUCACAGAUCUUUAGUUCUGUAACAGGAAUCACAACCUGAUAGCCCUGAGCAGAGAGGGGGGAAAUAAUAAAGAUAAAAGAGUCUGUUUGGGGGAAAGAAAAAGGAUGAGAUGAUAUGGCACGAAGUUGGCACUUAUAAUACAUAUUAAUAACUUAAAUUCCAUUUGAUCCCAUAGCCUGACACGAAAAAUAAAACAUGAGUGCUUAUAGAUCUUGCUUGGCAGAGGAGGUGUGAGAACUCAUUACAAGCUUUGGCACCACUGAGAUGUGUCAGUUUUUCUGUCUCAAAUGUUCAAAAUGUACCAAUCUUCAUCUUGACUGGCUUUCUAUUGUGUUUCUUUGUGGAUGUUUGCAUUAGAGGGUGGUACCAAAAACAAUCCCCUGCAGCAUUACUUAUCCAGGACAGACAGUUUAAAAAGGGAUUCUUCUUCUGUUUGGACAAAAAAGACAGAGAUUGAGACCCAUCAUGCAAAUUAACCAACAAAAAAUGCUUAGCUUUGUGCUAAAGGGAACAAAGCCUGGAGUGAUGCAACAUUCAUGCUAUGCUCCCUUUAGAUAUUUAGUUUUUCUCAAAGAUGUAAUAUUUUGCUAAGACUUGUAAACCUGCUCAGGUGUGUAAAACAUUGUGUGUGGUCUUUGCUUGUUUAUCAAAGCAAUACAAAACAAUUUGAUGAUGACAAAUUCCAAAAUUGCUUCAGCUAAAUCCAUUUCCUUGUUCGAAUUACUGUCGCACAUAAUAACAAAGUUACAGCCAACCCAGUGUUUAUGAAAACUCUGCAGUUUGCUUUUCUUGUUUUUUUAGAGAUGCACUAAUCUGAGUUUUGUGGUUUAUUUCUGAUCUCUUAUUUUUGUAAAGCUUCAAUCUUCUGACAGAAAUAUUUGCUGAUGGAAGAAUAUGGAAAAAAAAUGUUCGAGCCUUCAUAAGUUGUCAAUCUUUACUUGUAUAUCAUUAUUAUUCAAUCACAGAGUUGAUAUUUAGCAUUCCUAACUGUAAAGAAACAGUGGCUCUCAAACUUUCCAGGCCUCCACCAGAAUGAAACUAGAUAAAAGGAUAAAAGAAAACAUAAUGCAAUAUAUAUAUAUAUAGAUGUAUAUACGUUAGCAGCUGUUCUAAAUGUCCUCAACCUGUGAAACAUGUUCUGUACAGUGGAACGGCCAAUUUCAACUUCAUUUAAAUCCUUCUUUAAACUCCUUACCAAGCUCACAAGCUGCUACAAUCUUCUUUUUUAAGGUCUUGGAAAGCUCCUUCGAUCAAUUAUUUGACAAUAAUGUAAACUAUCAGCAGCACACUGAAAUAAGAGUAUUUAAGAGAACAAGACUCCUGGCUUCCUCCCACAGUCCAAAGACAUG